AUGAUGACUGCCAUGGAAGACGACGGGGACGAGGAGAUCAACAUGGUUCCCAUGGGCGUCUCGAAUACGCAGGAAACCGCCAUGGUGGCUUCUCGCUCCAGCAAUCUUCCCAACUGGAUGCGUCCCGGUUCUUCCGUGGCCUAUGCGACUGGCAAUACAUCGUCACAGGGCGAUGGUACGGACAGUGACACUGCCAGUGACAUUGGGAGUGACCUUGGAGAUUACCAAGAUGACAAUGGCAACAACUUUCGUGACAUGGAACAACAGAAUAAGAAUGACAAUGUGUCCAAGCCACGGGCUCGAAGAAAUACUAAUAAUACCAAUGCUAAUAAUGCUAACCCGGUCAACAAUGGUCGCAACAACACCAACAACCAGGAGACGUUUGUGGAUGAAGGCGUGAUAGGGGCUCCCGUUGGACAAGGACAUCGCCACGGAGCUACUGUCUAUGACGACUGGGGCCUCCCCAUUUCCAACCCCAGCAACUUUCGCGAAGGCCGCAAUUUGUGCCGUCCCUGGUUGGUGGCGCUCAACUUGUUUGCCAUUGGUUUGGUCGUGGGCAUUUUGGUCCAUGGUGGACCCUCUCCCACUUCGGGAGCGUACCGCUACGAACAGCAAAAGCAUUACAAUUGGUUUGGACAAGAAAUCAUGGCCAAUCCCGAGACCAACUGGGACUUUAUGGGGGAAGAGUUGGUAGGACCCAUCCCGUCGCGUCAUGAAGCCGAAAAUCGAUUGGUAGGAUACGGACAUCACGUGGCCAUGAACGAAAAAGGUGAUCGCAUUGCCAUUGCUCGAACCAGUGGACAUCGCGAAACUCCUGGAGAAGUCUAUGUGUACUCGUGGCGGGAUGGAUCCAGUCGUAAGCAUAACCAUCCACCCAACCCGGGCAAGUGGCGAUUGGAACAAAUCCUCACGGCCGAGGUGGGUGAAGAAGAUACCAAACGGUUUCACAGUGGACAGCAGCACACACCCUUGGCCAUGUCCGCAUCGGGUCAUCGUAUUGCGUUUACAGAGGGAGACUAUGUCUUUAUCUUUGAGUCGACUCAUCAAGGUUUCGAAUGGUCGCAAAUUGCCAAGGUUCAGUCGUUGGAUCGUGACUGGGAAGAGGAACAAGAAGCAGCCCAGGAGCAAGCAAACACAGAGACUCCCGCUGCCGUGGCGGGUGCCAAUGCUCCAGUUCCGAAAACGGAGGCUCCAGCCAAGGGCGGUAGUCAUUUUGGUAAGCAUCUUGCCUUCUCCUACGAUGGUAAGACCUUGGCGGUGAUGGGUUUCAGUCAUCAGAAGGGCGGAUACAUUCGCGUCUUUCAAGACGAGACUGAAGUCCAGGAAGGAGACCGUCGUGAGAUCCAUCACUACUUUGAACCGACUCCUGAUAUCUUCCUCGAAGAAGUCGGUGACUCAUUGGCUCUGAGUGGAGAUGGAAAGAAGCUGGCGAUUGGAAUUGCUACCAGUGAUAACUUGAGAAUGUCUGGAACUCACACGGGUGUCGUUCAAGUCUUUGGUAUUGGCAUGGAUGACGAGUGGUACCGUAUCGGCGAACCCAUCUUCGGGGACCGACCCAUGGAAGGCUUUGGUGGAACUGUGUCGUUGUCGGAAGAUGGAAUGGUGCUUGCUGGAGGUGUGGCCUACGGAGGCGGUCCAGUCAAGAUCUUUGAGCUUAUCGAAUUGGAUCACUUUAACAAGAAAUGGCACUGGCAGCAGAUGGGUCAAACGCUCCAGGGUCAAGACCCUCGAGAACACUUUGGCUCUCAAGUUCGUCUCGACCACGAUGGUGCAUUUUUGGCGAUUGGUGCUCCCGGAAGCCCUGACAUGCUGGAACAGGACGAGCUCAUUGACGACAGCAUGGAGCCAUAUCUUCACGGCAAGGCUUACUUGUUUGGAUUUAAUCGGGAGGCCCGCCAGUGGGAAAACCGUGGCGAAGCCGUUUCUGCUUACGAAGGUGACGCUUUCGGAUAUUCUGUGGCUAUUGAUGGAGACGGAGAUCGCGUCAUUGUGGGCGCUCCGUUCCGAAUUGUGGAGGAUGAAGUGAACGUUGGAGUUGUGCAAGUCUUUGGAAUCUAG